AUGAGCAAACUUCAAGCCGCCCUCACAAAUCCCGAGCGCGCUCAAGGCGUCGUCGCGCGUCGCCUGAUCUUCUGCGAGCACGCUGAGUGUAACCACACGGCCCAACUCAUCAAAUUCUGCUCGCGUUGUCACGGCUACUUCGCGCGAUGCUGCAAUCACGCAGACCGUGACGAGGUCUGUCACCACUACAAGCUCGUAUUCACCGACGGCGCAUGCCUCUCCAAUGGUCAGCGGGACGCCACUGCUGGGAUUGGUAUCGCGGUGGGGGUAUUCGGUGAAGACUGGGACCAGUGGGCUAUCCCAAUUGACGAUAGUGUCGACGCGUACCACAAGAGGUCGAGCCAGCGCGCGGAGCUACUUGCGGCGCUGAAGGGCCUGUUCAAGCUCCGAGACAAAGAACUAGAAGUGUAUGAAUACAGCCUAGACGAGCACAAUACUCUGCAGCACCUCCGAGGACUGCGCCGUCCGGCUUGGAUCAUCACGACUGACUCGGAAUAUGUCGUCAAGGGCAUGACGGAGUGGCUGCCUGUUUGGAAGGUGAAUGACUAG